AUGGGCCGUCAAUCAUUAGAGAUCUAUCGUUCACUGGUCAUCUCUGAUGUCAAUCGUCUCCGCCCUCAUGCUUUAAACCAAUCAUCUUCCGGAAAUGGAGGUGGGGAAGAGGGCGGGUUCUGUCAGCUUGAGCGGGAAAACGGAGAGCGGCGAGAGUUCGAGCGGAACACCAGUGCAGGUGAUCAGAAGGAUAAGCAAAGAAAGUAUGCUUCUCAAAGUUCGGGGCAAUUUCAAGAAUCGGGGACAAUUGAGAUGAAAUCACCUAAUCUGAAUGACGAGGAGUUUCACUCUGGCCAUAUGCCUGAUUAUUUGAAGUGUGACUCCUGCAGAGCAAUUUCAUAUCAGAUGCAGGAAUAUCUUUCGAAGUGGGAAUCAAAAAUCUCUGCAGUGAAAGAAGGGAAAGCAGUAUUGAAUGAAUCUGAUUACACCGAUGCUUUGGAGAAAUGCUGCUCCCAGAGUUGGGAAAAGCAUGGCGUAAUAGAGGUGAAUGGCAUUAAACGUCUAUCAGGCCCUGGACUAGAGACUGAAGAUUUUACAGGAGUGAUGAUGAUGAGUGGACCAUGGCCAGGACGGUUGUUCAAAAUGUGCCAGGCUUACCUUGGAGAGUUUUCAGAAGAGGACAUUUACAAUGAAUUCAGGAAAAAUCGAGACUAUUUAGAAGAUUUUCUCUGUUUUGGUAAAAAUGGAGCUUGCACCAAACAUAAAAGUUUCCAAACAGCAUUUAAGGAUGAAAUAUAACCUUUUUGUGUUGGCUGUUUAAAUGACAAGUGCACAUGAGGAAUUUGGGUGAUGGUGUGAGCAGGUGUUAGGGAUGGGGAGGGGAAUCAGCGGAUUUUUAAAAUUCAUUCAAACGAAUUCAGGCCCAUACCCAAAUUUCUGGUAUUCACUCGUCAUAAAAUAAUAUAUAAUAGAUUAAUUAAUUCAUCUAAAUGUUAUUUAAAAUGCUGAUAGAUAGCCAUGCUUUUGUAUCCUCAUAAAUUAUCUUGCUGAUGUUCCAACACAUUCUUCCAUAUAAAUAUUGAGGCCCAGAAACCAAUGGAAUCCAAUAGUACAUAGCCCCCACUACUUAAAAAGUCUGCGUUUAACUGUCAACUCUUUAAACUAACCAAAAAGCAAAAGCUGUUAAUUAUUUGCAUUAGUGUUAAAUUCAAAGUUGCCAUUUUGUUUCUUUUAAUGCUCCAAUUAUAUAGGCAGAAACAGCUUGAGGCCAAUGUUUUAUUGGAAAAUGAAGUAAUGAUUGAUGUGAACUUGCAGAUUGUGUGAACUCUAAGCCACCUAUGAUAAAUUGUUAUCUUUUCUAAUGGCCCUGUGUACAGGCAUUAUUAAAGCUGAAACUAUGUCUGGACAAUUACAACUGACAUAACUUCUGCAGUGCUUUUGAAUUUAGGGAGACUGAAUUGUAAUGUUUGGGUAAUUCAUACCACCAAUAUAGAUAUUCCACACUUUCAUUCAAUACUCUUGCAGUUAUAUGAAUGUAUCAAGAUGAUUGUAUUCACAAAAAUGUAUGUGUUCUAAAUAGGGACUGGAUCUGAAUUUAUAUAUAAGCAAAUGUGUUGUCAGUGGAGGUCUGGAGAACAAUCAGAAUUCAUAAUCAUUUAUAGGUUAAGAUAUGUGUAAAUUGGUUUUAAUCUUUUUGAAAAUAGUUCUCUCUCCUUUUUCUCUACUUUCGAAUACUGUGACCCAUUUAUUAGUCUGAUUUCUUGCUGGGGUUGCCAUUCUUCACAGACACGCCAAGACAGUGAAUAUCAGCAGAAAAUCUUUCCUGGCCUGGUGACAUUGAGGAUGUCUGACUGGGGUGGAGGAGGGCACAAUAUAGAAACAUUAUAGCUAAAUACACUAUUAUCUUCAUCUGUGAGCCAUAUGUACAUCCUUAAUCAAAUAUCACAAAUGAAGAACUUCAAGUUGGCACAGCUUUACAAUCACCUUGGUUGGAAUCAGUGAAGAACAGUUACAUUGUCUGGGUUACAUUGUCUGGUUUUCUGGUCGACAUUGUCUGGUUAUCCUUCACUUUCAUUAACUUAACCAUUGAGGAAAAGUACAGAUAAUUUAUAACCUGGAGAUAACAAUGGUAUUUAUUAUAAGUUCUGUUUAAAACCAUGUUUGAGACUGGACUUUCCACAGUUCACUGAAUAUUCUUUUAUUGACAUAUAGCUGAUAUUAUUCAGUGAUCACGUUUGUUCUGUGUGUAUUUGAAAUUUGCAAUUUAGAUUCAAAUACCAUGAGACAAGUGGAAAGGAUUCCCAAGAGAGGUACUGCAAGCAUGUUUUUGGCAUUUAUUCUAUUCAUUCUGAAGUUUAGUGUUAAUCUUGAGAAAAAUAAAAAGUUUG